AUGCUAAGCAGAAUGUGUGCUCCUCUUUUGAGGAUGUGCAAGAAGCAAGAUAAAAAGAAAAGAAGAAAAUAGAACAAAGAAAAGAAAGAAGCUGAAAUUGAAGAACUCAAGAAAAAUACAUCAAAUACUAUUUUUGGGUACACAGAACCAGGUGCUGGUAAAAAGAAGUUUGAAUGUCAGGACACUUACUCAAUUAUUGAUCUCCCAGAAGAUCAUCUAAAAUUCUAUGGUGUGUUUGACGGUCAUGGAAAUGUUGGUAGAUAGGCAUCUUUACUCGCCAGAGACUUUUGCGAUGAGUAAAUAAGAAAGAAUUCUAAGAGGUUGAGGAAAAUGAAGGAUAAGGAGCAUGUAAAGAAGUUUCUUUCAAAUAUGUUCAAUAACUGUCAAAAGAAGUAUAAAAAGAAUUAGGAUUAUUGGUAAAGUGGAACAUGCUGCAUUGCAGUACUUUAAAUUGAUCAGAGAUUAUAUAUAGCCAACAUUGGAGAUUCUCGCGCUGUACUUUGCACUUCAAGAUCACUAUAACAUGCGAAAAAAGCAGAAAUUUGCGCUUUUGAGUUAUCAACAGAUCACAAGCCAAAUAGAUAAAUUGAAAAGGAGAGAAUUAUCAAAUAAGGAGGAAAAAUCGACAGAGACGAGAAAUCUCAAGGUCCAUAUCGUAUAUGGGCUGAUGAUGAAGGCCCAGGUCUUGCCGUAGCUCGUACACUUGGGGAUCUGCAUGGGCAUAAGAUUGGUAUCAGCAAUGAACCAGAAAUAGAAGUGUGGGAUGUAGAUGUUAAUGAUGUAUUUGUCGUGAUUGGCUCUGAUGGUGUGUGGGACGUCAUCAGUAGUGCUGAAGCUGUUGGUUUCAUUUCAAAGAAUCCAGAAGAUCCAUCUUAGAUGAGUAGGAUGCUGACUAAUGAAGCUCGCGAAAGAUGGGAUUUAUUCAAUGAAAUCAACAGAACCAAAAAGAAACUUUCACUUGAGGGAUGGGACGAAGUUAGAAAGAAGGCAAGUCUAUAGAAAUUUGAGGAUAACAUCAUGAGAGAUGAUAUCUCGGUUGUUGUUUCUUAUUUACAAAACAUCCAUCAACUUUGA